AGUGUCAACGAUUCAUUUUGGGUAUUGUGAUAUUUGCGAAAAAAUAACUAAGCCAUCUUAAAUAAGAAAAAGAAGAAGAAACACGUUCUAAAAAUAUUUAGUUUAGGAAAAUGUAUAGAAAUGCUUAUCAACGAGGUAUGUUAACAGUAUUCUUUAGCGGUGGUGCUAAACCAUUAAAUAUUUGGGACACACAUACCCAAGAUGGAUAUAUCACGAGGUUCCUAGAUCAAGAUAUCAAGUCUAUGGUUUUAGAAAUAGGUGGAACUAAUGUAAGCACAACAUAUAUGACUUGCCCAAAGGGUAGCACUGUUUUGGGUAUAACCAUGCCAUUUUUGGUUAUGAUAGUUAAGAACCUAAAGAAGUAUUUUACGUUCGAAGUAACCAUUCUAGAUGAAACAGGCACGCGCCGAAGAUUUCGUGUUUCAAAUUUCCAGAGCACCACCCAAAUUCUGCCACUUUGCACUGUAAUGCCUAUCGGCCUUUCUGAUGGUUGGAAUCAAAUUCAAUUCAAUUUGGCCGAGUUCACUCGGCGGGCUUAUAAAAAACAGUAUGUUGAGGUGCAGAAAUUGAAAAUAAAUGCAAAUAUACGAUUACGAAGAAUAUAUUUUGCAGAAAGGUUGCUUCCGGAAGACGAAUUGCCUCCCGAGUAUAAAUUAUAUUUUCCAAUACCACAUAAAUCUAAAUUGAAGAAAACAGCUGAGGCAAAAGAUAAAGAAAAUAUCCAAGCUCCAACGCCAGCUGGUCUUAUUGAAGAAAAAAAAGCUGAAGGGUUAAAAUCGGAAGAAAGGAAGGUUAGUAAAACAGAAAUAGUACGAGUUGGGUCAAAAGCAUCUGUUCAUUCUGUUAGGAAAGUUGCGUCUAAGCAAACCUCACUCACUAGGUUUCAAGGAGAAGAAGUAGCUGGUAGUAAACGGGCUUCAAUAGUGAGUACUCCUGCAGAGCAGCCACCAAGAGCAGAAAGUCAAAUUUCCGUGAGCGAAGUAGCCAUUGUAGAAGAUACGGGAGAAGGUGAGGUUGUGGCUGAUGGUGAAUCCACCUUGGGUACUCCUGCUGAAACUGCCCCAGAAAGAGAUGCAGUGGAGACAGAGCCGAUUACAGAACAUACUCCAGCGCUGUUAGAGGAACCAGACCCAGGCCCUACACAGCCUGACGAAAUAACUACAGAAGAGGCUCCAGCAGAAUAGGCUUGGUAUUUAAACGAAUUAGUCUUUCGAAUGAAUUUUCUUAUCGCAUAGAUAAGAGUGGUAGAAGCCUAAUACUCAUCGCUCAUUGUACUAUAGGACUCAAGUUACUCAUAUUUUUUAUCAAAAAAGUUUACUUUUAGUAUGCGUAUAUUUAUGAAGUGUUAUUAUUUUCUUGUAUGAGUUUGUGAGUUCUUAAUUUGGGUAAAAUUCAUUGAUUUAUUAAGUAUCAGAUGUUUAUUUUAUCUUUUAUUAAUCAUUGAAGGCAAACUGUAUUUCUAAUUAUAAAUAUGUAUGAGAUAUCAUAGUUAGUAGUAUUGACUCUAAUAAAUUCAUAAUAAAUAAAUCAUUAUCUACGUUUUAUUUUAAUAAUAAUUAUAAUGAUGGUUAAAAAUCCAUUUUUAUUUGGUGCUAUUUUUUAAUAUACAGCCUGCCUCAGUUUAUUUCAAUGAACGUUUCUUUUUUGAAAUUUUCUAAUGGAAUGUAAUAUUAAUGAGAAACAAUUUUAUUUCUUUUCAAGUUUUGUUAAAAUUUUA